UUUGACGUUUUGCGUUCAGUUUUCCAUCAUCGUCGUCGUCCAUCAGUCGCUCGGUCGAGUCGAAAAAGAGAAAAAGUGCGGAUUUCGCGAGCAAAAAUCGGUCACCACAGUAAAUAGUAGUUGAUAGCAGCAGAAACUAAACUGUAGUGCAGAAACGCUGUUGUGUAGUCUAGCUAAAUUCAUUGCAUUCCGUGUGCCUGCUUGGUGGUGAUUUGAUUUUUCCUUUCCUCGGAAUCGCGAAUUUCGGGGGUGUGUGUAAUUAUUAUUGAAGUGAAUUUGCUUUGGGGGAAGUGAAAAGUAUAGUUAGUUCUGCUCCCAUCGCGAAACGCCCUUGAAACGGUGUCGUGACCGUGUGGAGGAAGCCUUACAAGGAACACCUGGACGGCAAAUGGUCCCAAGUGUCCUGAGCGCUUCUAGUGUCCUUCGACGGCAGUCUUCGUGAAGGACGACGACGGAACGAAACGAAAGUUGAUCCCAGAUAGUUCCGGAUUCGGUGGAAGUGAGUGACCAGGGGAAGGGAACACAAUGUCCAUAACGGGAAACUACGACCACUACCAUCGGAGUGGAAGCACUGGCAGCGGCGGCCCGGAUCGGCCGGAAAGAUGCGUUUGCUGCGUCCGGACGAUGAAGUGGUUCCCGGUGCUGUUCAUCGUGUCCGUCAUCGGGUGGUCCUACUAUGCCUUCGUGGUGCAGCUUUCGUUUUUCACCGUGACCAGCGUCGUGCAGAGGAUACUGUUUCUGCUGUUCUAUCAUCUGAUAUUGGUGAUGUUCCUGUGGUCCUACUACCAGACCGUGUUCACCGACAUUGGCCGAGUGCCGUCCCGGUUUCGCGUGCCGCGGUCCGAACUGGACCGAUUGUUGCGAGCCACCAGCGAGGAAGAACAGAAGCAAAUCCUCGAAGCGUUCGCCAAGGAGCUACCGAUCGUGACCCGCACCCUCAACGCAUCGGUUCGUUUCUGUGAAAAGUGUCGCCUGAUCAAACCGGACCGGGCGCACCACUGUAGCGUUUGCGGCGUGUGCGUACUCAAGCUGGACCAUCACUGCCCGUGGGUGAACAACUGCAUCAACUUCACCAACUACAAGUACUUCAUCCUGUUCCUCGGGUACGCCCUGCUCUACUGUCUGUACAUUGCCUUCACGACGGUCAUGUACAUGGAGAUGAUCUGGAGUGUGAGUGGAAGAGAAGGCAAGGUGGACGGCCGCUUCCAUAUUUUGUUCUUGUUCUUCGUUUCGCUGAUGUUUGCCAUCAGCUUAGUAAGCCUGUUCGGGUAUCACUGUUAUCUGGUGUUGCUCAAUAGGACCACCCUAGAAUCAUUCCGAACGCCGAUAUUCCGGUACGGUGGGCCGGACAAGAACGGUUUCAGCCUGGGGAAGCUUAACAAUUUCCAGGAGGUGUUCGGGGACGAUCGGAAGCUUUGGUUCGUGCCGGUGUAUACGAGCCUCGGGGAUGGCAUGGUGUAUCCGGUGCACGCGUCCCACCUAACGGCCCCGGUCAUAGCUCCGGCUUCUCCGGGGGGCUUGACUCCGGCCGUGUCGUCGGAAUUCAGUGCCUCCACGCGCAUCACGAUGAUGACGAACAAGGACGAGGAUAACCUGAUGGGAGAAAAUGGCGGCCUGGGCAGAGAGGAUCAACAUGAGUACAAACCUAACGGAAACCAUCUGCUGUAUCAGCAGCCGCAGCUUAACGGACCGUACAGAACCCGUCCCGAGGACAUUGUGUGAACGAUUGGCCGCAGUAGGCGUUUGAGUGUUCGAGUGAAUGAGUAGGCUGUGAACGACGACCGGUGGCUAUGCCAGAGAGCUCUAUAAAUGUUAGAUAAAUGCUUUAAAACGACGUAAAAUGCAAUCAUGAUUUCUUCGUCUAAUAUUCUACCUAGUUGUUAAAUCUAACUGUUUAUUCUAUUAUUUAGAAAGUUUAACAACUCUUAACGAACGUACAAUUGUUACCAGAUCAAUCAUUUAAAUAAACGAGUAGCAUUGGUUGGGAAUAUGGUAAUCGGUGUCUGCUCCGUGAUACUUUGAGUGCGCACAAUUACUUUAAAGCUUUACAACUGUGUAGAAUGGAAUUACUUAAUGUUGAAGGUGAUUCGCUUUGAUCAGAAAACUUAUCACCAUCGAAUGUUGCUAAUUCAGUAUUCAUAGAUUGUUAGUUAUGUUCUUUCGAAUUAUCUGUUUUGGCGAAUUUGACGAAUAAAUUUAGAACACAAUGCUCGAAAUAUGUAUCACCAAUCGCGACUUAAUUUUCCAAAUAAAUGCUUUCAGUGUAUUUAUCGUAACGUAAGGUAAUCCAAUCUGUUCGAUUUACAAACAGGAGGUUUCGUAGGGUUAGUCUUGUCCAUGGAAUCCUAAUAACUACUGCGGGGAAGGGGACUCCGGCGUUACAUACGGGGACUAUUCGAAUUGAAUGACGAUAUAGAACCGCGAUACCAGAUCAAGUUCCAAAAACUGUUGCCUAUACACAGAGUACACUCGCGUACUAUUUACUACCUACUAUCGUCGUUGUACAGUUAAAGCCGAAGAGAUGUGUAGUUAGUGCAUGUUGAUUUUUUGUGACAUUAAUUGUUAAAUUAUGCGUGGAGUGAUUUUUUUUUAAACAAAAAUGGAAUUUAAAUGAAGUGAAAAUGUUUGUCUUAAUCGCAGUUAAGAAAUUUGAAGUAAUAAAACCUAUUUAAGAUGAUAUGAA